AUGGAAGAAGAUGCAUCCAGCAUGGUUUCGAAUGCGAAAAUGUACGUUCAUGGCGAAACUUCAGAUUCAAACAACAGUUCGUUUACAACUUUGCCUCCCGGCAAGAGAAUGAGAAAUGACCACCACCUCCAUCUUCAGCAUCGGCAUCAAUAUCACAACAGGAAUAAUAAUAAUAGUAAUUCUAACAGCAAUAGAGAUAAUUACAGCAAUGUGUCAGCUGUGAAAUUUAAAGGAGUUGUGCCACAACAAAAUGGGCAUUGGGGAGCCCAAAUUUAUGCCAACCACCAAAGAAUCUGGCUGGGCACAUUCAAAUCAGAGAAAGAAGCAGCAAUGGCAUAUGACAGUGCAGCGAUCAAGAUUCGUGGCAACGAUUCCCACCGGAAUUUCCCAUGGACAGACAGCAACAACCAUGAACCAAAUUUCCAAAACCAAUUUACGACAGAGGCAGUUUUGAACAUGAUUAAAGAUGGAACAUACCAACCGAAAUUUGCCAGUUUUCUUCGAAAUUUAUCCCAAAGAGAAUAUCAAAAUUACAGUGGUGGUGGAACUGCAAGUCUUAACCAAAUAAUGGUGCAGGGAGAUGAAAAAUUCUCAUGCAGACAAUUGUUUCAGAAAGAAUUGACUCCAAGUGAUGUUGGUAAGCUGAAUCGACUCGUGAUUCCAAAGAAAUAUGCAGUGAAAUAUUUCCCCUAUAUUAGUGAAAAUGAAGAAGAAAAUAAUGCCCUAAAUGGAGGAGUUGAUGACGUAGAAUUAGGGUUUUUUGAUAAACAGAUGAAGCCAUGGAAUUUUAGAUAUUGUUUUUGGAGAAGCAGCCAGAGUUUUGUGUUUACAAGAGGGUGGAAUAGAUUUGUGAAGGAGAAAAAAUUAAAGGAAAAAGAUAUAAUUACUUUUUAUCGUUGUGAGGGCACAAAUAGUAAUGAGGAAAAAGAAGGGGAAAUUUUCUUUUUAGUUGACGUGAUACAACACGAUGAAUUAGGGCUUGAAACUCAGUUGCAAUUGGAGCAAAAUAAUAGUAAUGCUGGAAAAAUUAACAAUUUCAGCUAUAAUUCAAAGUUGGGAUUGAGAGAUUAUGAUCAUAAGAAGAAGAAGACUGCUUCAAAUUUUGACCAUGAAAGCGAGGGGAUUAGGCUUUUUGGUGUACAAAUUAGAAGAUGA